AUGGAAUUUCUAACUGUUUGUUUGACGUCAGCAUCAGGAUUGGACAUAAGACUGAGGAGACAGUUUACAGUAUUAUUAGCUCCCCUUAACCACAUUAAUCUUCAUGUCCGUGGGGGCUACAUCCUUCCAUGGCAAGAACCCGCCAAUAACACCUACUACAGCCGGCAAAACCCUAUGAGUCUCACAGCUGCCUUGGAUGAUGAAGGAAAAGCUGAAGGCUGGCUCUUCUGGGAUGAUGGACAGAGCAUCAAUACAUAUGAAGAAGGAUGGUAUUACUUGGCAAACUUUUCUGUUAGACAGAACAAACUGGAGAACCACAUUGUUCACAAUCAAUACGUCGUAGCCACGAGACCACUGUGGCUGGGCUAUAUUUACAUAUGGGGAGCAGGCACUGCCCCUAUUACCCACGUCGAUAUUACUUACAACCACCAAAAUUUCCCCUUAACCAACUUUCAGCAUGACCAGACAACACAGGUACUUUCAAUGGACUUGAUUACACACAGUAUAAGCUUGGAGUAUCCCUUUGUGGUGACGUGGCGGAGUUCCUCAUAACCGUAUGGAACAAGACCUUG